UCUCUUAGCAAAAAGAUGACUUCAAGACAGUCAAAGACCAGUCUGAAAAAGGCCUAUGGAUCUAGCAAAGAAGAACCAGAAGAUGACUACAUCACGCCAGGGGCCUUUGAGUUGGAGCGGCUCUUUUGGAAGGGCAGUCCCCAGUACACCCAUGUCAAUGAGGUCUGGCCCAAACUCUACAUUGGAGAUGAGGCCACAGCACUGGACCGGUAUAAUUUGGAGAAAUCUGGCUUCACCCACGUCCUGAAUGCUGCCCACGGCCGAUGGAAUGUAGACACGGGCCCAGAGUACUACAGAAACAUGGCCAUUGAAUACUAUGGAGUGGAAGCUGAUGAUCUCCCCACCUUUAACCUCAGCGAGUUCUUUUAUUCGGCCGCAGAGUUCAUCGACAAGGCUCUCCAAAGCGAUAGGAAUAAGAUUCUAGUUCACUGUGCUAUGGGCCGGAGUCGCUCAGCUACCUUAGUCUUGGCAUACCUGAUGAUUUACAGGAACAUGACAGUGGUGGAGGCCAUUGAACAAGUCGCCAAGAAUCGCUGCGUUCUGCCCAAUCGUGGGUUUCUCAAACAGCUCCGGGAACUGGACAAACAGCUUCUCCUCCAAAGGCAGAAUGCUCAGUCUAAUGAAGAAGAGAACUUGGAAGAGAAAGAAAUCUAA